AUGGAGAAUAGGAAACUAUGUCAGUAAUAUAAACAGCUCAAAGAUCACGAUCACACACAAUGACGAUGGUAUCGGGAAACAGUCGAGGAUGGAUAUUCAUCCUUUGUACCUAAGAGACGAAGGAAACAUUAUUUGCGGUCUUGGUGAUCUAAACAUAACGUUUAGUGUGACGGUUCGGCCUUUACCGAUUUUGACCAUUUCUCCUCUUUCUCACGCAUUAGAGGAAGGUCAAAAGGUCAGCAUGGUUUGUAACAUUAGCAACGCGGCCGAAAUCAACAUGACUGAAUGGAAAUUCAACUGGUACCUUGAAAACUCUAAAAAAAUGACAGAGACAUCACACACAGUGUCAGGGUCACUAUUGUCCAUUUCGAGCGUUAAAACCUCCGACAAUGGGGAUUACCAAUGUCGAUUGUGCCGAACAAGUCCAUAUAAGUGUUUGAAUCAAACCAGCAGCAUACAUGUCUAUAGUAAAGCAGCAACAAUCGAUGUUUGCCAUGAAGAGAAGGAUAAUCAAGGGAUUAUAUGGGAAGAAACUCCAGCGAGUUACACUCUGAAAAAGACAUGUCCUGCCCCGAACAUCGGAAUAGCAACACGUCGUUGUGAAGCUGAUGGGAACUGGGGUAUUACAAAUAUGAUCAAAUGUGUUAGAAAGGAACUCGAAGAGGCAACUGAGAAGCUUGAAGAUAUCAAAGGACGAUCCGAAGAGGAGAAAAAGGAAGUGAUAAAAGUUGUGUUAGAUAGUAUAAAAAAUGUAGCUACUGCAGAGGGCACCAGUUCGAAGUCGAUAUCUUCGGGUAAUCUUAAGAAAACGACUACUGUCUUAAACACAAUGAUCAACCUUAGCAGCUCCAAUACUAGUAAAAUUCUUGUGGAUGAGAAUGUGCAAGAGAACUUCGUAGGAAUCAUUGAUGAUAUGCUGUCAGAGAAAAACGAAGACGCAUGGACGCAAGUGAAUGACGAAGACAGUGGGAACAGCAUCACUUCUUCGCCAUCAGGUGCCGGUAGUUUGCUAGCAACAGUAGAAAAAUUCGGCGCGGCUGUCGCGAAAAACAUUGAUACUGGAAAACCGAUAAAUCUUGUUAAAUCCAAUAUAGUUAUAAAAAUUGAGAGAACAGAAAAGCCCAAAAUUGCAUUUAAACCAAACAACACAUCAUCCGGUAUAGAGUUGAAUCUGACCAGCAACAGUUUCGGUAACGUUACGUUUACCGCUGCCUUCUAUAAAACUAUGGGAACCUUACUUCAGAAUAAAAACAGCUCUGAUGGUGUUCAUCAUUUUACAUCUGAAGUCCUGUCACUGUCCCUUCUCGGUGCAAACACGAGUAACCUUACGACGCCCGUUAUUUUGACCUUUAACACCGAUACGCUUGCAAGAAACAAUAACCUGACGGACAACACAAGGAAGAAAUGUGUAUUCUGGAACGAAACACAGGGCUGGUUAUCGCAGGGCUGUAGCUGGGUAAACAGUUCCUGUCAGUGUACACAUCUGACAAACUUCGCCGUUCUUAUCAGUCCUAUAGAGGUGACGGAUUCCUAUGUUCUCCGGAUAAUCAGUUUUGUGGGCUGUAUCCUGUCUGUGUUAUCCACAGUGACAACAAUGGUGGUAUACCUGAAGCUAUGGAGAUUUUUGAAAAGUGACCGUAACCGUUUACUACUGAACCUGUGUGCAGCGCUAACCAUUGCCUAUGUAUUGUUUCUUGCGGGUAUUGACAAAACACAAGACAAUACUCUGUGUACCGUGAUAGCCGCAUUGCUACACUACUUUUUCCUGUCGACGUUUUGUUUGAUGCUGGCGGAAGGAAUUCAACUUCUCAUAUCCGUGACAUUUGUCUACCAAGCUGUGUCAAAGUUGAGAUGGUUACUUCUUCUUGGAUGGGGUGUUCCUUUAGUGGUAGUGGGCGUGACGGUCGGAAUACAAUAUAACAACAAAUACCACUCUAAAGAUUACUGCUGGCUUACACUUUCAAACGGCGUCUUAUAUUCCUUUGUUGGACCUGCUGUCGGUAUCAUACUGGUGAAUAUCAUCGUCAUUUUCUGUGUAAUGAAAGCUCUGUUUUCGUCACAGUUCAUCGCAACAAAAACAGAAAAACAGAAAAUUGUCACAGGGAUUAGGAGUUUGACAGUGCUACUUCCGGUUUUGGGUGUCACGUGGAUAUUUGGAGUUAUAUCCGUUAAUGACGACCUUAUCGUAUUCCAGUACCUGUUUGCUGUUACCAAUUCACUACAGGGUUUCUUCAUAUUCCUGUUUUACUGUAUUUUCAACGUGCCAGUCAGAAGAGCUUUAGAGAAAAAAAUCAAACGAUUUGAAUACAGAACACAGUCUUCAAAAACCGGAAGCAAAUUACAGGUUAUGAAAACAAAGUCCACCGAUAGCGGUAAUACUAAAGAUGAAGAUAGACCACAGAAGGAGUUUGAUAACCCAGUGUUCCGUUUUCCUCGUCCCUCUAUGGACCAUAACAUCGGAGAGCCUCAAUACAAUGUUGAAGGUCGAUACAAUUACAGAUCUUGCACGUACAUGUUAAGAUGACGAGCAACGUACUAAUCUGUGUAGUGUGUAGCUUGCUUCGCACUAAAAAGCUGAAAAAGGAACUGAUAGUUACACCAUACAAAAAUCAUUGACGACGGGGACGCAUCACAUCAUUCUUAUGCUUCUUUUGUCUUGGACUGUCAUAAUUAUAAAUGUGAUAAAUAGUGUCUCUAAUAAGGUUGGUGUCUUAUAGACUCAUUUAUGAAUUAAAGUUUUUUGCAUUAUACAAUAUUGUCAAGAAACAUCUGUUACAUUUAACUGAUUUAACUGAGUAAAUUGGGUCAAUGAAUAUAUUCAUGCAGAGGCCAAUCUGGAAGGAGACAGAUGGUAUAUGUCGAUCAACAAUCUCUGCGUGUACCGGUUUCGUAUGAGACUAUACUUUAUAGUUACUGUUCGUGUAACCACAGGAUACCGCAGUCUAUUUCAGGAGUGACGUCACCAUAAUACAUGCGAUCAUUGUGGCUUUAUUAUCUUUUAUUGUUGCCUUUACUGGUUGACAAACGGCGAGGUGUGGAAAGAUAAUCAUGUAUUCAAAUAUAUUGAAUCAAUCCUUGGGAUAAUGAUAAUGAGGAAAACGAACAUGGUACAUUCCAUUACAAUUACAAGUAUCAACUUAUCUCUAUCAAAUUUCAAUACAAUGCUCCAAUAAGUUUGUAAUAUAAUGUCAUUUAUUUCAAUGCCACCUCGCUUUUCUCCAACAUUUUAAAAGAAUCAAAUUUUCUUUAUAUUAAUGACCUUUAAAAGUUUCGUCGAUUUACUGCCAAUCCAUUAUAACGUCAUGAUUGUGCUGAGAAAAUGGUGACUGUUCGACGUGGCUGUGUGAUACAUGUUAUGUUUUAUAUUACUAGUUAUUUGUUUGAUUAAUUACAUUUUUUGUACAACGGUGGAAAAAGGAUCACCUCAUUAUUGUAUUUAUCGCCCUGUUACUUUUGCUAAUCUUGAGGUUUUGUUGCAAGAUAAAUUCCCGAAUUAAGCAUAAUAGUAAAUAUACGUAUUUUUGACGAAAGAAAAUUAUGUAUGUAGUUUUCUGACAAAUUGUGAAUCAGAUUAAUAUUAUCAUGACUUCAUUGUUUUGAAUUUUAUACGGAGAGUGAAAUAUUUUUAUAAAUGGUUAUGUUGAUUUAUAUAGUCAGAAUAUAUCAGUCAAAGAUAAGCUUCUUCGUAUUUGUAAAAAUGCAAAGUUCAAAGGGUAAAUUAUCUUUUUACAUCUGUUUAAUUUUUAUUUUGUUAGAGUAAUAAAAUAUUG